GCUUGCUGUAAAAAUAUUUUUUAAUACAAUAUCGUUGUUUUAGUUCAGUAAAAUUUAUUUUUGUAAAAAUGUUAAUUGUAAUUUGAACGUUAUAUUUUAAUAUAUACAUGAUGUUUUCACAAUAUCUCACUAGAUUUGUGUAAAAACGAGAAAUAUAAUUUUUACUAUAUUGUUUUAAUAAUAUUUCAGAAUGAAUGGAGGCAUGGAGCAUAGAACCCCAGGUCAUAACGCAGUGCUUCACAAGGCACCUAAAAACUAUAAAUUGUUGAUAGACCCAUUUCUUGUAAAAGGAGCUACUAAAUUGUACAGAUAUGAUGGGAUUGUUCCUGGAGACAAUGCAUAUCCAACUGUGCAGUGCAGAGAUCCGAGAUCUCAGCUCUCUAGAAUUUGGAAUAAGUUAGAACCUGCAGAUUUGCCAGUGCCUAGAUUCAGAAUAGAUAAAAAUUAUGUAGGUAUACCUCCUCAACUGGAAAUAACAAUCGGAAAUCUGAAUGAUAACAUUGAUAAAGCGUUUCUUGCCGACAUGAUGAACAAAGUGGGGCCAUUGGAGGAAUUGACAAUAUUUUACCAUCCCAUGACAAAUAGGCACUUGGGAUUUGCUAGAGUUGUGUUUCAAGAUACUAAAUAUUCUAAAAUAUGUGUUGAAAAAUAUAAUGGCAAAUCUGUAAUGGGCCAGGUGCUCGAUGUAUUCCAUGAUCCCUUUGGUAAAAGAUGUCAAGAGAUGUUUGAAGAUAAAACCAUGGAGAGAAAGCCACAGCCGGUAACUUCAGCUACAAAGGUGCCAACUCUAGUAGAAGAUGUACGGGCCACAAAACUUGAUCCUGCACUCAGCAAGAGAUUAGAAGAUACAAAAUUAACAGACAAGGAACCAUAUCCUCGCUUUAAGGACGUAGAGCACAAUGAUAGCAACACGCGCUGGUCAGACGAAGAGCGAGAGUACAGGCAUCGACAUCGCAACCGGAGCGAGCGAGACAGAGAAUUGGACAGGGACAGGGAUAGAGAAAGAGAUAGAGAGAGACACAGGGACCGCUACGCGCGCGCGGAGCCGGCCGAGACGUACGCCAGCGCCCACGUGGCCGAGAUGCCCUACGCGCCCGCUCCGCUGCCCUACGACCCUUACUACCAGCCCGGCUAUGGCUACGGAUACGGUGGGGGAGCUGGCUCGGGGAUGUGGUGGGGAGAUUGGCGAGCGCCGCACGCCUCGCACCAUCACCACCCGGAGCAACCGGCGAGCGCGUGGAGCGAGGAGCCCUCCCCGCGCGCCCCCGCACGCCCCGCGCACGCGCACGAGGUCGCCGACAAGGAAGUUAAAAGUAAAAGCGAGGAGCCAGUGCCACCGCAGGAAGCGGCUGCUGCGAAAGAACCUGAACCUAAACCCCCUCCGCCAGUUGAUGAACCAAAAAACGUCGACCUAGACACCAGGAUCGCAAUGCUUUUAAAAGGAGCAAGUGGAGGCGGCGGCCUCGCUCCGCCCUUCCUUUCCCUCGGCAUUUCCUCCGAGGAGGAAGAUGACGACCGCCUUCCUGCCAAGAUACCAGACUUGGACGCCCAUAAUCCGCCGACAGAUGACGAAGGUUCGGGCAGCGAAGAUCGAGAGAGCAUAAUAUCUUUUAAUCAAAAUAAAGAAGUGGAUCCUGAGCCCUUGUCAAACACCCCAUCUCCGUAUUUGAGCAGAGAGUUCUAUCUUGAAUGUCUCAAAAUUACAGUAGAAAAGAAAGCUAAAGACGAUCGCAAGAAGUUACCUCAAAUUGAUAAGAUUGGCUCGGAUAUAUCAUCAUCAGAAGACGAACUACUGACCGGAGAAGAGCCGCGCCGGUCGCCGGCCGCGCCGCCAGAUAAGGACCAAGAUAAUUUGGAAGAUGACCAGAUGUCUCUGUCGUCGCUAUCGUCCACGGAGGCCAAAAUCGAGGAGCAGGUGCCGGCCGAGGCGUACUACUACCCUCCCGCGCCGCACCCGCACUACUACCAGCCGGUGUGGCCGACCACGGCGUACCCGGGCGCCGCCCCCGCCUACCCGGGCGUGGCGGACAUGGCGUUGGCGUACGGUGCUGGCGCGUUCGCCGCCCCUCCGCUGCUGACGCACCACUAUCCGCACCGCCCCGACCACCCGCCCACGCACCAGGAACUAGACAACCCGCACUAUCCCACAAUUAACAGCGUAAUUGAGCGAGUAACGACUGAAUUAAAAUUAAUUCUGAAGAAAGAUUUCAACAAAAAAAUGAUAGAGAGUACUGCCUUCAAAAACUUCGAAGUCUGGUGGGACGAGCAGAGCCGUAAAACGAGACAAACCGUUAAGCCGCUCAAGGAGGAGAUAGGACAGCCAUUGCAGGAUAUUUCUAAUAAGAAGGAAGAAACAGUGGAUUCAAUAAAGUCUAUAAUGGAAUCUCGAGAAUUAGGGCUAGAUCUCGGAGGGUACAGUGUGGGCAUCGGCCUGGGUCUCCGCGCAACGAUACCGAAGAUGCCUAGUUUUAGGAAAAAACGGAAAAUACCUUCCCCCGUUGUUAUGGACGAUGACUCAUCUAAACGGCUCAGUGAUCAGGAGGAAAUCGUUCAAAACUCGGAUGAAGAAAAAGAGGUGCCCACGAGUCCUAGGAAUAGGACGACAGGCUCAUACUUAUCGACGGGUAGAAGACGGCAGUCCAGCAGUUCGUCCAGGUCGUCGUCAUCAUCGUCGUCUCGCUCGUCGUGGUCGGGCUCGGAGCGCUCAACGCAGAAAGGCGCCGCCCCACGCAUAUACUCCGAUACAGACGACUCCGAAAUCGACGAGGCUGAGUUCAAGGUCAUAUCUAACAAGGAGAGGCUGAGAAGGGUCUACUCGUCAUCAUCGGAUAGUGAAGAAGAACAUAGAAGGAGAGAAAAAACCCCUAUACCACCAGUGGAAGCGUCAGACGAUCGACUCGGCUCCCCUAUAUUGUCACCAGAAGAGGAGCCUAGAGAUUUAUUAUUGGAUCGAGUGUAUUCAGACUCUGAAGAAGAGAGAGAGUAUCAGGAAAGGAGGAGACGCAACACAGAGUAUAUGGAGCAGAUAGAGCGAGAGUUCUUAGAGGAACAGAGACGUAAAAUGGAAGUGGACGCCGGUCCGCCGCCUGACAAAGCGCCCGACGAAAGUAAAACUGAACCCAAAGAGGAAGAAUCUAGAAGUAGUCCAGUUAAAAACCAUCUCAAAUCACCUAAAAAGAAUAAACCGGAAGCAGAAGUUGAAGAGGGAGAGAUUUCAUCAGAAGAAGAACCUCUUGAAGCGAGACGGAAAAAAGAAAGGCGACCAAAGAAGAAACAAGUCGAGAGACAGAGGAUUCCGUCUGUUAGUGAUAGUCACAGUUACACGGAGUCUGCUGCCAGUGUUAACGGCGUUAAAGAAGCGAGCAGCGCACUGUCGGAGACUUCAUCACCGCAGUCACAGGCGUCUCAGGCGUCGCAGGCCUCGCAGGUGGCGCUCGACCACUCGUACUGCCGGCCCCCGCCGCGACAGGAGCCGCGCCCCAACCAUCUACAGCACGACCACGGGUACACCUGGAUGGCUGAGCCGGAGAUCGAAUCGCCGCAAAUUGAGAGUGAUGAAGUCAAAUCACAAAAAGAGACUAAGAAACCAUACAAAAGAAAACAUGAAACUAAGAAAUUGGCUGAAAUACAAAAUAAGUUGUACGAGCCGCGACCGGAGUAUGACAAGAUGUACUCGAGCGUGACGUUCAAGCCGCGCGACAUAAUGGCGGAGAUGCAGGUGAUGUACGAGUUCCUGACGCGAGGCAUCGACCGCGAGGACGUGGAGUUCCUGCGCCGCGCCUACGACGCGCUGCUGGCCGAGGACGCGCAGGGCUACUGGCUCAACGACACGCACUGGGUCGACCAUCCGCCCACCGACCUCACCUACUCGCCGCCGCGCAAGAAGUCCAAGCGCCACGCCAACAUGUACGAGGACCUGCAGAGUCACUCGAGCGGUUCUGCGCGCACGGAGGGCUAUUACAAGAUGGACGCGCGACUGAAGGCCAAGUACAAGUACCACCACGGCCGAGCCGGCGCCAUGCCCGCGCCGCCCGACGACAAGAAGGCGUCCAAGAUGCAGCUGCUGUCCCGCGAGGCGCGCUCCAACCAGCGCCGCCUGCUUACCGCAUUCGGAACGGACACGGACUCUGAUCUCCUUAAAUUCAACCAACUCAAAUUUAGAAAGAAGCAGCUUAAGUUUGCCAAAUCUGGCAUACACGAUUGGGGCUUAUUCGCCCAGGAGCCGAUAGCCGCGGACGAGAUGGUGAUUGAGUACGUGGGCCAGAUGGUGCGACCUAUCGUGGCUGACGUACGUGAGGCGCACUACGAGGCCACCGGUAUCGGCAGCUCCUACCUGUUCCGCAUCGACCUCGACACCAUCAUCGACGCGACCAAGUGCGGCAAUCUGGCGCGCUUCAUCAACCACAGCUGCAAUCCGAACUGCUACGCGAAAAUUAUAACAAUAGAGUCCCAAAAGAAGAUAGUAAUAUACUCCAAGCAGCCUAUCGGCGUGGACGAGGAGAUCACUUACGACUACAAGUUCCCGCUCGAAGAUGAAAAGAUCCCGUGCCUGUGCGGCGCGCCGCAGUGCCGCGGGUACCUCAACUGAGCAGCGAACAUGCUUCUCGAACUCUGAUACUAAUUAUAUAUUUCCACUGUCGAUAUUUAUUGUGUUUCCUAUUGUUAAAAGGGUAACUAUCGUUUUACAAAUUAUCCUCACACUAAGCCAGCAUAAUAACAUAAAAUACAAUUUUGUUUUAGUAACUUGAGCACAAAACUUUGAUUUUUUGCAGCUACGAUUGAUUGUUUGUUAUUCGCUAUAGCCUAAAGUAUUGUCAGUAGAUUCACUUUUUUGAUUUUAGCAAAAUUAAUGCUGUUAUUAUUAAUUGUAACAGAAUAGGGCUGCAAUGAACUUUUCAGCAGCUUCAUUACCAAUCACAACAAAAGCUGUGAUAGAUUAUCAAUAUGUAUUGAAAUAUCCUUAUCAAUUAUUUUAAAAAGUUUUCCCAUUCAUGUUUUUUAAGAUGUUGAGAAUAGUAGUUAGCGAUAGUAGUCUCGAAAUUACAAUGAAUGUUUGUAGCGAUGGCUUAAGGAUAUCGAUAAUUCCGAUAUACUUGCCCGCCCUCAUUGACCGUAAAAUGUAUAAAUGUCUUUAUAGAGAAACUGGUCUGCGACCUCUAAUCUGUGUAUAGAUAAUAAUUAAGAUAUACAAUACGAAUGAAUCGGGAACGUGAUCAUUAUUUUAUUGUUUAGUAUGAUCAUUAUAAUCAAAACAAAAACUAAUCCCCUUAUUUACAUACAUAAUAUAAGAGGACAACAGUGUACAUUUUGGCAAGCUCCACCUACCGCUAUGAGCUUGAAAUGAAAUUGUUUUGCUACUGCCUCAAAUAAUGAUGAUGAUAUAAUGUAUAAAGAUAAUUGUAAUCGUGUGCUUGUGGCGUGUGAGUCUAGUGUGUUUAUUUCCCCAAUAUGUAUGUAAUGAAAGAAAACUCGCGUGCAACCAUAUUGUUAUCAAUUUUUUAAAUGUGUCUUGUAUUAUACUGAUUUGACUGAUUCUAAGAUAUAAUUCAUUAGGAAUAGGAUGUCAGGUCUUACACGCUGUAUAAUUCUGUGUUGUACAUUAUGAUUGUUUAUAAAGAGAUCUCUGCUGCUUGUCAGACUUAUAUGUAAUACAGGUUUCAAGUACAUUUUCUAUUGUGUUAUUUAAAGUAACAAAAUGUAACGUUGUUUUCGUAUCUUCUGUCUGUAAUAGUUUUGUUAUAUUUUCUCAAAGAAAAUAAUAAAUCUAAUUUAACAGAAUAUAAUAGAAAUUAAAACCCUUGAAUUGGUCCUUCUAAAUACACUCUUACUAUUUAAUAUAAAAUGUAUAAGAAUGUAAAUAAAAGAAUUCAACAAUUUUAA